AUGUUGUUCGGCGAGGCGCCCCAAGACCGUCCAGCUGUCUGGCAUCCGCCCCCCGAACAUCGUGGCUCCUUCACCAUCCUCUCGACAUGUAUCAUCACGCUAGCCCUGUGCAUCUGGACCUCGUUACAUUUGAACAUUCCGGAGCAUCAACCCGAGAAAACACGCUCCAACUGGAACCCAAAGGCCUGGGUGACGCGGCAGCAAUGGAGGAAGACACGACUGUUUGCUGAAAGAAUGUGCGCUGAGAGGUACCCUGUCAAGAUAGCCUUUACUGCUUGGGUGCAAAGACGAAAUGCCUACAGCUUCACCAAAGAAAUGCAAGAAGUCUGGGACGAGCAGCUUCGAGGCCCCGUACCGCCGCGAGCGUCAGCCUCGCAAACCACUGCACGUGUGUCUGUAGACUCGAGAAGCAGUCAAGCUCAUCGUGGAGAGCCACGGUCUUCCGCAAGCCUAGAUAGGGAUCCUACUGCCCACUUCAGAGACUCUGAACAGGACAUAGAGCUGGGUUCCAUUCCAAGCCUCGACGCUUCAUCGUCAGAACAACACGGCCAAGAUGGGAGCCUCCUAUCCUGCGCCAGUCACAGUUCCGAAUCGGCCGCCAAAGGGCCCUGUCUGCCAAGAAAACACCACUGGACAGUGACGCAUAGCUUCUUCGUCCUCUCUGGAGGGUUUGCUUUCGACACAACCGGCCUCCCCGAGGACCAAAAGUUUCUCCCCGGGUCGCGCAACCGCGUUACGCUCAACCAAAAAGCGGUGCUCCUAGUCGCCAGGCAUUUUCCGUCCCUUAUCCCGGACAUCUCAGAAGCCGCCAUCGCAGACAAGAGCAAAGCCAAUGCCCUUGCCAAGGCCAUUGUGUGCCUCCAAGCAACUUGGUUCGUAAUCCAAUGCCUUGUCCGUCUCACUCACGAUGUGCCAAUUAGUCUAUUGGAGCUAAAUACAUUCGCCCAUGCACUUUGCGCCCUGAUCAUUUACGGUUUGUGGUGGAGGAAGCCAUUGGAUAUCGAGGAACCGAUCCUCAUCGACGACGAGAGUGCGCACGGCAUAUGCGCAUUCCUUUGCUGCCUGUCGACAUUUGACGAAAUUUGCGAUGGAAAGCGACUCGAUUUUGAUGAAACACCUCUAAUGCCACGAACAGGAGAGGAGCCAUUAGGAAAUCGAAUGAGUGAAUUUUCACCAAGCCGGGAAGGCCCGCCUCCCGGAGCCGAACAGCUCGAGCAUGGGCAAUACAUUCCAGGUACCGGCAUUCGAGGCUACGUUAGCUCCUAUUUCGGGGAGAAGAAAUGUUUCUGCUAUUAUCCGCGCGACUUGCGCCGCUGGAGAUUAGCAUACUCUGCCUGGGGAUCCAACAGACCAGGACUUGAGAGUAUCGUUCAACACGAGAUCAAGCUAGAGAACAAAGGGGGGCCAUGGGCCCCAAAAUGUCGACUUCACGAUAGAGCACGAAAUCGACCAACCGGCCGUGGAUUCUCAGACAUGUUUGACCUCGUGUGCGGCGACCCAUUUUCCGAGCAUCGGGAUGGCGUCGUGAUCCUGAUUGCCUUUGCUUGUGCAGGACUCACGUAUGGCACCCUUCAUUUGCUUGCGUGGAACUCGCCAUUUACAUCAGUUGCGCAGAAGACGCUCUGGCGCAUUUCGGCUGUUGCCAUAGCUGCGUCGGGUGCCAUUGUUAUAUUCCUAGUACGGCUAUGUCGAUGGCUUGUUGUCACUCGGGAAGACAUCCCCGACAAUUGGUACUGUCGCAGGUCAUUGAUUAAAAUGUCGAUUAGAAUCAUUGUUGCGAUAGUUGUGUUGUUUCUUUUGUUUUAUCUGUUUGCAAGGGCUUACCUGGUUGUCGAAUGUUUUGUAUCGGUGGCAUAUCUACCGGAGCGUGUCUUUCAGCAACCCGGGUGGACGUACUAUUUCCCACACAUAGCCUAG